AUAAACUUAUUCUAGAAAAUUAAAUAUGGACGAUGAAAAUAAGAAAAUAGAAAAUGAGAAUGAAUUAAAUGAGAAUUUGGCCUCAAAUGACAACGACAGUUCGCAGAAUUGUGCAGUUGAACGCAAAAUAACUCAAACUGACCAUCUUAAUAAACAAUUGUUAAAUGCAUUCCUUGAAAGAUUAAACACGAAGACAGAAAAUGUACAGUGCAAGGAAGGGGAGACAACUGAUGUUGAAUGGGUGGAAAACACAACAGAUGAAACAGAUGAAAUUACCUGUAGUCUUGAAAAUGGAAUGAAGCUGAAAAAUGUUUUUAUUAUUGGCAUCUCAGGACCAUCUAACAGUGGAAAAACUUCAUUAACAUCCUGUUUACAGAAAUCACUGCCAGGUUCAUCUCAUAUAUGUCAAGACAGCUAUUUCCAUCCUCCUGGUGAUGAACGUUUAACUUGGGUACCAGAAGUCCAACACCAUAAUUGGGAAGUGUUUUCUUCAUUAGACAUGGAUUCUAUGGUCAAAGAUGUAAAAAAAUGGAAAGAAAAAUGGAUGAAAGAAGUUCAAGAUAAAACAUCUAUAUUACUGGUAGAAGGUUUCACUAUAUUUAAUUAUGGGCCAUUAAAUGAAUUGUUUGAUAAAAGAUAUUUUCUUGUUACAUCAGAAGAAACAUGUCGACAAAGAAGAUUAACAAGAUAUUAUAACCCUCCAGAUGUUCCAGGUUAUUUUGACAAAGUUGUUUGGCCUCAUCAUAUACAGAAUUACGGUGAAAUAACUGAAAGAGUUGAUAUUAAUUUUAUUAAAGAAGGAAUGAGUAAAGAAGAAAUAUUUACCCAAGUGAAAAAUGACAUUGACAUUUAUCUGCAAUCGUUAUGAUGCUGCAACAAUUAAACUUUAGCACUGUAGUUGUCAAUAUAGAUGUUGUACACAAGGAGGAGAAAUGUGAUAGUUUAUUGUAUUUUUAUAUACUUUUACAGCAUAGGUCGUUAAUGUUUAUUCAUUUAUUUACUCACUUUGCCAUGACUGUAUUAAAUAUUACCAUCAUC